AUCUGUCAGUGGAACAGGGGGGGGAAAAAUGGCUUCAACUCCCGAGCAAGUGGUGUGUACCCCAACCUUUGUCUUUCCCGCAGCUUUUCCAGGGUUUGAUCCUCGUGCACACUUGGCUAAUUUUCACACUGUUGGACCUGCUCCUACUACUCAAAUACAGUUUGCAGAUGAUUCAGGUAAACAUAAGAAUUUAUCUAGAGUAUCAGGAAUUAAAGUUGAAGCUUCAGCUCUAACACCAGAACUAGCGGCUUGUAGAAAUUUAUUAGUUGCAGCGGCGUCUACUUCUGCUGCAUUUCCAGGAAUAGAUCCCAAUAAAUUGCCUCCUCCUCCUCCACCUUUACCUUCGAACCAAGAUAACAAAAAUGAUGAAAAGGAAAAGUUGUGGCCUUGUCCCUCCUGUAAGGUGCCAUUUAAAGCAGCAUCUGAACUGCAAGUUCAUCUUUCAGCCCAUACUAAAACAGAAAAGACUGUACCAUGUGAUAUGUGUGGUAAACUAUUUGCAACAAAUGAACGUGUAAGAAUCCAUAUACGUUCUGCACAUGGAGAAAAAUCUUGUGCAUGUGAUAUUUGCGGCAGUGGUUUUAGUUACAGGUGUAAACUGUUGGACCACAUGAGGACUCAUACUGGUGAUAAGCCAUUCCACUGUGAAGUGUGUGGGCGAAGUUUCUCACAGAAGAAUCAUUUAACUCGGCAUUCCAUGAUUCAUACUGGAGAGAGACCGUACCCCUGUGAUUUCUGUGGUCGUGGAUUUUAUCGCAAGGAUAAGCUCACUCGACACCGAAGGAUUCAUACAGGUGAAAAACCGUAUGCAUGUCUUGCUUGUGGUAAAGCAUUCUACCGACGAGACAAAUUGACAAGGCAUAUAAAAAUGCAUAGUGGAGAGAAACCUUUUGCUUGUCCAGUUUGUGGGAAGCGCUUUGUAGAAGACAGGGAUUUAAAAAGGCAUAAGUGUUCUUCUCGACACACUCAAAAUGCCAACAAUGUAGCUAAACUGCAAGCAGCCCAAACUAGUACAGGUCUUCUUCAGUUGCAGCAACUUCAUUAUCAAUUGCAGCAGCACCAUCUCCAAGCACAUUCUGCUCCUCCUCAUCCUCAAGCACAUUCUGGACCUCAGCAUCAGCAAGCUCAUACCCAGACAACCCACCAGCAGGCUCACACUCAAACUACUCACCAGCAGGCUCACACCCAAACAACUCAUCAACAAGCCCACACACAAACACCUCACCAACAAGCCCACACACAAACACCUCACCAACAAGCCCACACUCAAACUCCUCAUCAACAGGCACAUACACAAACACCACACCAAGCACACACACCUCAACAUCAACAAGCCCAUACCCAAACGCAUCCUCAACAGAAUCAUUCUCAGCAACCUUCUGACCAUCAAAGCCAAACUCAGCAUCAUCAAAAUCAAAAUCAGCAUCAUCAGAAUCAAAAUCAACAACAAAGUCAACAAACACAGCAUGUGCAAGCUCAGCAACAGCAACCGCCUCCGCAACAUGUUCAACAACAGGCACAACCUCCACAUGCACAACCACAACCGCCUCAGCAGCCACCUCCUCCACAUAUGCAGCCUCAGCAACAACCUAAUGGUCCACCACAAGCCCCUCCUCAGUCUCAAAAUUCUCAACCACCUACACCACAACCUCAACAGCCUCAGUUGUCUAAUCAAAUGCAACAGAAUCAACAAGCACCUCCUCACCAACCCCAGCAACAGCAGCCAGUACAACCACAACAUCAAUCUCAAGGUAUGCCUCACCAUCAGCAGCCUAACCCCCAACAGCAGCCACCACCUUCCCACCAACAGCCAAAUCCUCAUCAACAUCCUCCGCCUCAGAGCCACCAUCAAAUGCAACAUCAAAAUAGACACUUGCCACAUCAGCAGUCUCCUUCUCCACCACAAAUUGCCAAUCAAUCCCCUCAUCCUUCCCAGUCUCAGCAACAGCAUCCACAGCAGGGUCCUCCUCACACCCAACAUCAACCUCAACAUCAUGGACCUCCUCCACCUUCAAUAGUGCAGCCUCACCCCUUCCAAGCCUUAAAUCUGCAAACCUGACUGGCGGGGUGCACCAUAUGGGGUGCACUGAACAGACUAACAAAUUUUAAUGGCCAGCAUUGAUGGAUGAAAUUCUAUCACUUUAAAAGUAAUGUGAUUUAUGUUAUAUAAAUCAUAAUGCCAGUAAAUAUGAUCAACUGUAUUUUGCAUCAUUCCCAGGACUUUGAUGUGUGUUAU